ACCAAAAACAUACUACUUCUGAAAUAAAAUAAAACAAAUUAAAAAGUUUCAAGCUCCACCACAAGUAACAACUAAAUAGUCGUUUUCUUUUUAUAUGAGAAUCUUUUCCCAGAUCAGCAACAAUUCCGCACCAGAAAUGGCGUCCAUUGCAGCAACCAAAACCCUCACUUCUUCUUCUCCGCAAGCCCUGACUAAAACCUUUCGAAUCCCACAAUUCAUAUCCCAAAACCCACACAGACGGGUCCCUCAUACAAGAAUCCAACUGAAAACAACCGUAAAAGCGUCGAGCUCCAGCCCAAGCGCACCCACUGGCUCCUCUCCUGGGCUGUACUCCGCACAGCAGUUCGAGCUCACUUGUCAAAACGUGGACGUGGUUCUGCAGGAUGUCAGGCCUUACCUGGUUGCCGAUGGCGGAAACGUCGGCGUUGUGUCCGUUGCAGAUGGUGUCAUCUCUCUCAAACUCGAAGGAGCAUGUGGAAGCUGUCCUAGCUCAACAACCACCAUGAAAAUGGGGAUUGAAAGAGUUUUGAAGGAAAAAUUUGGAGAUGCAGUCAAGGAUAUUCGACAAGUAUAUGAUGCUGAAGAAAGGGAAACAACUGUUGAGGCAGUGAAUCGUCAUCUUGAUAUAUUGAGACCAGCUAUUAAGAACUAUGGUGGGAGCGUGGAAGUGUUAUCCAUCGAGGCCGGGGCAUGCGUUGUAAAGUAUACGGGGCCUGAAUCCAUUGGAUCAGGAAUCAAAGCUGCAAUUAAGGAGAAGUUCCCAGAUAUCAUGAAUAUUGUCUUUACUGGCUAGCUUCAUUUUUCGCAUUAGAAGCUGAAAAAGUUGAUGAUCUCUUCUCUGGUUUCACGAAGACUGAGAUUGCUUUGCAUCUGAAUUCUGACGCCGGUUUGUCUAUGCAUGUACCAUUCAGUUAAUACUUAUAAGAUAUGCAAUCCCAAGGUAAAGGUGACUGCAUAUUUUAUCUAGAUGCAUAGGUUAUCUUUUUCAUAGUGAAUGAAAUAUAUGUAAUCUUGUAAAGAUACUCAUUUCAUAUUUCAUUUGGAAAUUUAAAUCACUGUUAACAUUCAAUACUCA